AUGGCGCAGUUUGUGACAGGUGCUGCGAAGCACUUUGCAGGCAAGCGUUUUGAGGAGUUUGCUGGUCGAUUUGAGCCUCAGCGCCAAGUGCCACCAGGCUUGACGAAGCAGGAGGAGAAGAUUUUGCGUAAAAUCAAAAGGCGUGCCCACUACCUUGACAAAGGCUUCAGGGUGUGCGGUUUGCGCUUCGGUUGGACCUUCCUGAUCGGUUUGAUUCCCUUUGUCGGUGAUGCUGUUGAUGCGUUGCUCAGUUACAACCUGAUUGUGAAGAAGGCAAAGCAAAUUGAUGAUAUUCCCAAGGAACUCGUGAACAGGAUGGUUGCCAACAAUGUGGUGUCAGCUGGUGUGGGUAUGAUUCCUCUUGUUGGUGAUGUGAUUUUAGCCUCGUACAAGACCAAUUCACGGAACGCCAACUUGCUGGAAGACUGUACGUAUUCUAUGUCGGCUCACCAAGUAGACCUGCGAAAGCGUGCAGAGCGACGUGGUACAUCGGCCCCUGUCAGCUCCGUGGCUACAGGUGCUAUGCCAGCGCCUGGUGCGCAUGUAGGAGCCACGUCGGAAGCGCCGGCUGUCCCACCUCGACCCCAUUAA